CCCCAAACUCUGAGCUUGGUACUUAUAAUCAUAUAAUCCUCAAGCUAUUAAAGCCUCCGUGAAGUGUAUUCAAAAUCCGGUAAAGUCGCUACUUGGAUCAAAAAGAUUGGGACUACUAUCGAUCUCCAGAAAAAAAAUGUCGGACAAACCAUCGAGCCUCGAUGCCGACCAGGGCAAGGUUGGCGCUGCUUUUGACUCCGACGGGGCCAUUGGAAAGCAAGGCGAGAAGCUUGGCGGCCCUUUCUCCAGUCAAGGCGCCAUUGGUAAAGAGUUCAAACCAGAUGGCGCGAUUGGAGGCACGGCUCAGGCUGCGGCAGAUCAAAGUCAAGGCAACAAACCCCCUCUUUUUGAUAAGGACGGUGCCAUUGGAAAGGCGUUCACCGCCGAGGGCGCAAUUGGUAGCGUGGGUGAGAAGAUUGGGGGUCCGUUUGCGUCAGAUGGGGCCAUUGGAAAGAAUUUCAAUCCGGACGGAACAGUGGGUGGAACAGUCCAAGAGAAUCUAGGAAAGGGAAGCAAGUGA